AGACUGUUUUUGGAGGCAGUUUAGUCCACUCAGCAGCGUGACUUCCCAUUUCGGCCGUGCAGGCAGCAUAUGUUAGGUAUGCUCUGUAUCCAGCCCUCAGUGCUGACCGUCUCCGCAGCGCUGCCAUGGACUCCCUCCCAACACCACUUCCACCGAAACAUAACUUAUAGCGCCGUGCGUAACUAACGCGUGCCGGCUGGACGAGGAAGACGACGACGGAAUGAGAGAGAGGAGCAGCUAGUGAUCUCGACUGGAGGUUUAACGACUUCUCUGGAACGACGAGAUCGAGACAACACCGCUGUUUUCUGGAUCCCGUUUGGGGCGAGUAGCCGCAGUGGCACGAUUCGGUCACCUGCUGGCUUGAAAGUUCUACUUAAAAUUUUCAUCACUAUGGAAACGGUUAUCAGCAGCCCCGGCGUGCACAACCAGACAUCGGCUUUCACCUCAAUCUUCAACUCUAGCUGUUACUUUGAUGAGGAGUUUAAAUACAUCCUGCUGCCAGUGUCCUACAGUCUGGUGUUUGUGGUCGGCUUCGUGCUCAAUGCAACCGCUUUGUGGUUGUUCCUUAAGAUGCGUCCGUGGAAGCCAAGUACCGUGUUCAUGUUCCACCUCGCCCUGUCCGACUUCCUGUACGUCCUCUCCCUGCCCACCCUCAUCUACUACUACGCCAACCGCAGUCACUGGCCUUUUGGAUUGGCCGUCUGCAAAAUGGUGCGCUUCCUCUUCUAUGCCAACCUCUACUGCAGCAUCCUCUUACUCACCUGCAUCAGUGUGCAUCGUUACCUGGGCAUCUGCCACCCACUCAAAACACUGACCCUGGUGAAGUCCCGCCAUGCCCACCUGGUGUGCGGUAUGGUGUGGGGUGUGGUGAGCGUGUGCCUGGUCCCCAACCUCAUCUUUGUCACCACUUCCAGGAGGGGCAAUGACACCCUGUGCCAUGACACAACCAACCAGGAGGCCUUCGAGGAGUACGUGGACUACAGCUCUGUCAUCAUGGUGCUCCUAUUUGGCAUCCCGUUCCUGGUCAUUGUGGUGUGUUACUGCUUGAUGGCGAGGGCCCUGUGCCGACCCAGACAGGGAAUUUCUGCCAGCCAGCAGGGCGCCGCCUCACGUCAGAAGUCCAUCAAGCUCAUCAUUGUGGUGUUGGUGGUUUUUGCUGUGAGCUUUGUACCAUUUCACAUCACACGGACGCUCUACUACACCUCCCGUGUUUUAGAUCUGAACUGUGAAAUUCUCAACAUUGUCAACUUUACUUACAAGAUCACCCGGCCGCUGGCGAGCAUCAACAGCUGCAUUGACCCAAUUCUGUACUUCCUGGCUGGGGAUCACUACAGAGCCAAAAUGAUGUAUUUUCUGACGGGAAAAAGACAGGCAACAACUAGCCAAACACCUGAACAGGCACACACACAGCCGAACAAUAACCAUGCCAUCGCUCUGAUGUAUAAGAACUCUGUCCUGAAAGCCAGCAGAGAUUCUGAGAGAUAGUGGGAAAUCUAUUGGAGAAAUCUAAAGUACUUCUUCUCCAGGCUUAGCUAACAUUUCUAAUGGCACAUGCAGAAGCACUUGUUUAUAUUUCCAAUUUUUUUGCACUGAGAAGUUCGUUAGAAAAUCAGUUUACUGUAACAUUUACUCACAGUAUUUGUUUUCACUCAAUCCAAGUUCUGUAAAGCCUGUGUUCAACAGGCAUAAAGGCCAUGUUUCAAUUCCGCUCAUUUUCUUGAGGUUAUUGUGUUUGUAAGAUGAAGUUCAAGUGGGAAAGAGUCUGAACCCAGUCUCCUACCACAAAGGGACUGGUAAACCAAGCUCAAAUUAU